CACAGAAAUAACGUAGAAUAUCGGUCACACAGACUCGGGCGCAGAAUGAACGCAUCCAAUUAAUUGCCGGACGGCGCACCACUAUCGUGGUGGACGUGCCGCGCGCGGACGCUUCCGCUACCACACUACACAUUAAAAAAUAAAUAAAAAGCGCGCGAACUUCCACAACUGUCAGUGUCAAAAUUACCGCCUAAAGUAUAUUUUUUAAAUUAAGAAAUUCAUGGUGCUGUGAUAGAAAAUUAAUUUUGUAAAAUACAGUGAUGUCUAACGUCUCACAAAAAUAUGAGGAGCGAAAAUAAGCAGCUAUCAAACAAAGGUCAAAUAUGCGUUCGUGUAUAAUUAGGAAAAUAAUGAUAAGCGAUCGCGGUCGAGUGCAAAUGUCGUCGAUAUCAUACGCGCGCUCCGUACUGCUAUGGAGACGUCAAAGCUUAGUUUCGCGGAAUCCCGCGUGUUGAUUCAUACACCGGUUAUCGUGCAGCGGCGGGCAGAAUGUGUGAAAUAGCAAGUUGGAUUCCGAACGCAGUCGCGGCCACACUGCGCUCCGACACGGCGCAACCGAUUAUCGAAUGGCUCACGACAAUACGCUUGGCGAUCGAGGAGUACGACCCCCUGAUCACUGUCAUCCCGCCCGAACCCGAGCCCGAUACUCCUGACAGCAAGUUCGACGAGAUACUCUCGCAGCUCGGCAAGGAGAUCUACAAGCUGGAUGAGUACCAGCGCCACCUCGCGCCCUCCGAGAAAGAAGUGUCCCUCAGCAUUCUAAACAUAUUCGACGAAUGUUUGGAACGCAUGGCCGAGGAAAAACAAACAAAAAACAGUGAGAGUGAAUGUGAAUCGACCCUAUCGGAUGUCUCAUUCGUAACAAGUACUCCGUCUAGUGUCAAAGUGCAUAAUAACAUAAACACAAUAUUUGACAAGGGCAACGGCACACCGAUACCGCCGAGGCGGGCUCGUUUAAAAUCAAUGUGCGACAAUUCGAUUUCAGACAUGGAAUCGAAUAACAACGAGAGUGACUCUUCGAGUGAUUCAGAGAGCACAUGCUGGAGCUACAAAGAGUGCAGUACUGACGACAACGAAGUGAACCCGUACGCCGCCGUAUGGUCGCACUCGUCGGGCUUUCACAAUUCCGACGAAAUAUUACGUCGCGUUUUAUCGCAGCACCACGCUACAGUAUCGCGUCUUUCGUUCGACACGGCGAGCGAUUUUAUACCUGCUCGGUAUUCAGUGUACUCGCUGCACGAGGUGGGAGAAUGUAAGGACAGGUGUGUUGACAGUAGCUCAGUAGCAAUGACGCCGGACAAGCCGACGGACGACGGCUACGAGCCGGUACGGGACGCGAUCACCGACGAGAAUAUAUACGAGGAGAUCGAGUACGGAUACAGUUAUACCGAUGAGGGCUGUUCCUGCGGUGGUAGUGUUGAAGUGGAAAGUUGUUCGAUCAGUGCCAGUUCCGAGGGUGUCGGGAGAGACAGUCCCUUGUACGCUAAUUUGAGGGACCACGAUGCAUACGCGAUACCUCCGGAUGUUAUUUAUUGGAAGAACUUGCUACUGGAUCCGUAUUUUAACGACGACGAGGAGGACGAAUGGAUAACGCCAGAAGAAUGCGCGGAGUACAGCACGGACCAGCGACCGCCACUAGUCAUCCCUCGCAUCACGCAGUACAGGAACCCUCGGCCAAGAGCACAGCCCAUUGGACAUGGAUACCAUGAGGAGGAUAUCCCAGAGCAGGGUUCGCUGCGAGUGCGAGGAUAUGAGCAGCUGAACAACUGGAGCCCCACGUCGGAGAGGUGCCGGCCGGACCUCGACAUGGGCUACAAGGCUUCUUCCGAUAGCCCCCCUUUUGUCAGGAUUAACAAAAGAUUGGGUGGCUCAACGGAGAACCUUCUCAUAAAUCCCAGAAGACCGAACCAUCUCCAGCUGCCAGCGUCCUCGUCCGGGGACAGUCUGGACGUGGAGAUCAGGGAACGGGAACCAGCUUAUGUCAGGAAUAGGAAGUCCAGGUCGAUGGUGGCUCCCAAGAAUCGGAUGCAGUCGCCCAUACCACCGACUAGGUUUACUAUGCAGCAACCUUCUGAGGUGAUUCUAGAGAGUCCAAUCAAACGCACAAAGUUCCUGGAGGGCACGAAGAAGACUAAAAAGAACUGGAUAGACUGCUACAUGGUCCUCACACCUACUGCUCUAGUCUUUUACAAGGACCAAAGGACCUAUUAUGCUCCUAAGGUGUCCCGUCCGCCGGGCACGCCGCCGAGCCCGUCGGCGACGCUGGCGGAGCUGGUGCUGCCGCUGCGGAACGCGCACGCCACGCAGUGCAUACAGAAACAUACUAAACGGUACACGAGAUCACUCCUGUUGAUAGUGGGCUACGACCAGUACCUCAUUCAGGAUGAAACUGAGGAGGGAGCCAGGAAGUGGCUCGGACACAUCCGCGGCGUUAUAUAUAAUUUGUAUCAAUGCAACCUGCCCGGAGAUUCCCCGCCCCCGGCGUUUUCACAAAGCAGCAACACUGACCAGGAGAGCUUGGGCAGAACACCUCCAGCCACCCGACACGCUAACAGGAACAAACAGAAAGCUGGGGGCAGCAGCAAUGAAGAUCUGAGCGACUCACCAGACUCUAUUCAGAAAUCACAUGUGAGGAGUAGGUUAAGAAAAUUCUUCGCAAAAAGGCCAGCCAUGGAGCAACUUGUCAAGAAGGGGAUUUACAAAGACGAGCCAGUAUUCGGGCGGAACCUGGAGGAGGUAUGUCCCACCACCAGCCCAAGAGUGCCAGAGUUUGUGGUGGCAUGCGUCAACGAAAUAGAAAGAAGUCUAGAGAAUAUGUGCACAGACGGCCUGUACCGAGCCAGCGGGAAUCUUAGCCAAGUCCAGAAAAUUCGAUUAGAGGUGGACCAAAACAAGAUGUCAGUAAUAAAAAACAACACAGAUAUCCACGUGCUGACGGGAUCGCUGAAGCUGUUCUUCAGAGAGCUGAAGGAGCCGCUCAUACCUUGCUCCAUGUUCGACCGGGUGCUCGCUGCUUGCUCAAUAAAACCUAAAGAAGCAAGAAUCAAGGAGUUCCAAGAGAUCGUAAAGGCUUUACCGCAGUGCAACAGAGACACGCUCAAGUUCCUAUUAGAGCAUCUGCUUAAAGUGACAGAACACAAAGAGCAAAACAGAAUGCACACGGCAAACCUAGCGAUAGUGUUCGGUCCCACUCUCCUGUGGGCACCACCCGAACAAGCACACAACAUCGCCGUCGACUGCAUCCAACAGAACAACGUCGUCGAUAUCCUCCUCACAGACUUCAAAGAAAUAUUCAUAGAAAAUGGAAGCAAAGGCAAGAAAAAAGCGUGACUCUAAACCGUAGCUACGGGUAGUAUUAUGAACCCCAGUAUUGGAUUGUUUCAAGAUGCCAAAAUAUUCAAUAGCGUCCAAACCACAAGUCAUGGUGAGUACAAAAGUGCUAACAAGCUAGUAUCUACAUUUCUUCAGUGAAAGUAAAUACUUAGUUACAUUGCAAACUAAUUUAUUUUAACGAGAAAAUAUUCGAUCGCUUUUGUAUGUCACUGGACUUGUUGAUGGGCUUUAGUCAAGUAGAGAUGACAAUACAAAAACUAAAUUACUCUAAUAAAUGGGAGUUUAUCAAUCAUUCCAAAGGGUUGAAUUUUGUGAAUAGAAGUGCUCUAGAUGGUAACGUGUACGAAAAGUGUGCUAUACUACGUAAUGUAGAAACAUUCUAUUUUGUAUAUAUAGAUGAUGUGCUGGUGUGAUUACGGAUACUAGAAGCCUAGAGAUAAUCGGAAUGAUCUCUGUUGCUUACAAAACUUAUUUAAUUUAACGUGAAUUGUAAGUCUGACUACUAGUUGAUCGAUCUAUUUAUAAAGCUGAUAAAAUUUGAAUAUGUUUUCAUAGUUUGUGUAUAAUUUCUUUCCAUAUUAAUUGGUAUUUUAAUCCAAAUGCAGGAAUCAUUUUUAAAAUUGGUGGUCAGACUAAAUCUUAUUUACAUUUAAUAAUAAAUUAAAAUUAACCAAAAUUCAAUACUGAAUGAGAGUUGUGAUUGUGAAGCAAUAUAGUACGGAAAGACUGUCCGAGGCUAGAGAUAAAUAAUAUAUUCAUAUAUUAAUUAUGUAUAGAGUAAAUUCUUCUAUUUGUAUAUAUUUGUGGCGCAUCGCACGGAAAUGCUGGAUCACUUAAGAUCUGGUCUCCAAAUUUUUCUAUUUUCGAAUUCUAGCUCUGACAUUUUUGUAUUCUAUUCUAGUAUUUCUGGUAGAUCUAAGAUAUUAAGAUGGAAAGCUAAAUGUUGGAAUAGAAGCUAUCGUUACAGUAGAUGAUAGAGAAACGAUUAUGUGUGAUGUAGAAAUUGUAGGUUUAAAUUUUUAUCAACAGCAUUAUCUUGGGGCCAAUUUUGUAUAUAUUACGAGUCCUAAGGUGAAUGGAGUGACGGUGACAAUUUACACUAACCAAUUAUUGAUUAAUAAUUUCUCAUCAAUUUACAAGUUUUUCUGUAAAAACAACUGAUUAUUUUCUGUUACAUUUUUUUUAAUAAAAUCUGCUGAUUUUGCUUUAUCUAGUUCAAAAUUGUCGUCGCUCACUCUAUUACUCCGAACAUUAUAGCGGCUUAAAGCCAUUUUAUAAUUUGUGCCUUAAGCUAUGUAAAUAUUCAUCAUAGAUGAUUUUCUUUAUAAUGUGAUAAUCAUUACGUUGUUGUAUCUUAGUUUAAUUUCGUUGUAUUAACUUUUUAAGUGUAAACAAUGCUUGCAAACGUGACAGUCUAGUCCUAUACAGUUUAUUUGGACUUAUUCAGUAAAAGCUUUGCUUUCGUCUACAUACCUGUUCUUAUGUUUAAAGUCAUCCAUUUGUGUAUUAAUAUCAAUGUUGAUCGAUUCAAUAGUUUUGUCUAUAUUUGUAAAAGAUUUGAUGUUUAUAAACGAAUUUGUUUUUCUUCGCACUGUAAAUAUGAUCGUUGUAUGUUCAGAUACAAUUCUUUUAUUAAUUAUUAUACUAUUAUUUUAAUCAAAAUUCAGCUUGCAUAUUUAUGUAAAUUAAUUAGAAUUGAUUACACAGACAAAAGCUAGAAUAAAUACUCAAGGUAGAACACCAAUAUUAAAGUAAAUUUUCUAAUAAGCUAGUAACCAAAGGUUUUGUAUUCGGCGGAUAGAGUAAAAGAAAAUAAUUAUAUUGUUGUGUAGUUAUUACUUAUGUAUGUUACGCCAAUAAUGCUUGGACAUAGUUAAUGAAGUUACAUGAAAUAAAAUCAGAUUAUUUUAAA